AUGAAUUAUAAUUAUAAUUUCACGGAUAAAGCAGAAAAAGUAAUUGCCAAUGCUAUACAGAUUGCACGCGAUUACUCUCAUGUUCAAGUGGCCCCUGCUCAUUUAGCGUGCUCAUUAUUUGAUGAUUCCGAUGGUGAAUCAUUGAUCAAAAAUAUCAUUAACAAAGCUGGUGGUGAUGCAACAACCGCUGAGAGAAAUUUUAAAAAAAUUUUGGCUAGAUUGCCAACUCAAGAUCCUGCACCAACUGAUUUAACAUUAAGUCAUCAAGCUAAUAAAGUUGUAAGAACCGCCUAUGAUAUUCAACAACGUCAAAAAGAUAGUUUUAUUUCCCAGGAUCAUCUAAUUUUGGCUUUGACAGAAGAUACACAGUCAUUACAAGCAUUUAAAGAGGCUGGUGUCGAUAAAAAAGGUUUAGAAAGGGCCAUUAAUCAAGUCAGAGGAAAUCGAAGAGUGGAAUCAAAGAGUGCUGACGAAAAUUACGAGGCUCUAAGUAAAUAUGCCGUCGACUUAGUUGCUUUGGCAAAAGACGGUAAACUCGAUCCCGUAAUUGGUAGAGAUGAUGAAAUUCGUCGCGUUAUUCGUGUCCUUGCCAGGCGAACAAAAAAUAAUCCGGUUUUAAUUGGAGAGCCAGGAGUCGGUAAAACUGCUAUAGUAGAGGGUCUUGCGCAACCUGGUGCCAAGUACCGUGGUGAAUUUGAAGAACGUUUGAAAGCAGUUUUAAAAGAAGUAAAAGAAUCUGAGGAAGGCAUCAUUCUUUUCAUUGAUGAAAUUCAUUUGGUAUUAGGUGCUGGUAAAGCUGAAGGUUCAAUGGAUGCUGCAAAUCUACUUAAACCUAUGCUUGCCAGAGGUGAAUUACGUUGUAUUGGUGCUACUACUUUAAAUGAAUAUCGUAAACAUGUAGAAAAAGAUGCUGCGUUUGAAAGACGAUUCCAACAAGUCUUAGUUGGUGAACCUUCGGUCAUUGACACUAUUAGUAUAUUACGUGGUCUAAAAGAUCGAUAUGAAACUCAUCAUGGUGUCAAGAUUACAGAUGCCGCUCUUGUCGCCGCUGCACAAUUGUCUGCUAGAUACAUUACCAAUCGAUUCUUGCCAGAUAAGGCCAUCGAUUUGAUGGAUGAAGCUUGUGCAAAUACUCGUGUUCAACUUGAUUCUAGACCUGAAGUUAUUGAUCAAUUAGAACGCCGUCAUCUACAACUAGAAGUUGAAGCUGCUGCAUUAGCAAAAGAAAAAGAUGAACCUAGUCAUCAACGCCUUAAGAAAGUUAAAGAAGAGAUGGCUGAUAUCCAAGAACAAUUAAGACCAUUAAAAGCAAAAUAUGAACAUGAUAAAAGUCGACUUGAUGAACUCAGAGCUCUUAAACAAAAAUUAGAUGAGUUGAAAACUAAGGCUGAUUAUGCAGAAAUGCGUGGUGAAAUUGAAAAAGCUGCUGAUCUCAGAUAUUACGCUAUUCCUGAAGUUGAACAACGUAUCACCACUUUACAAUCUCAAAAACCUAAAGAUGAUUCCACCAACCUUCUGACUGAAGUAGCUGGUCCUGAACAGAUUACAGAAGUUGUCUCUCGGUGGACCGGUAUACCUGUUUCACGACUAUCUAAAUCUCAAGCAGAGCGUUUACUUUCCCUUGCAGAUUCCCUUCACAAAAGAGUUGUUGGACAAGAUGAGGCUGUACAAGCAGUAGCCAACGCUGUGUUAAGAAGUCGUGCCGGAUUGGCGCGCGAAAAUCAACCACUUGGAAGUUUUCUAUUCCUUGGUCCAACGGGUGUUGGUAAAACUGAACUCAGUAAGGCUCUUGCACAAGAACUUUUUGAUGAUGAAAAAUACAUAAUAAGGAUAGAUAUGUCAGAAUAUAUGGAAAGUCAUUCAGUUGCUCGCCUCAUUGGUGCACCUCCAGGAUAUGUUGGUCAUGAAGAAGGUGGUCAGCUCACUGAGGCAGUACGAAGACGUCCUUAUAGUGUAGUCUUAUUUGAUGAAGUAGAAAAGGCCCACGUUCAAGUUCUUAAUAUUUUACUACAAGUUUUGGAUGACGGUCGCUUAACUGAUGGGCAAGGCAAAUAUGUUGAUUUUAGUAACACUGUUAUUAUCUUGACAAGUAAUUUGGGAUACUUCCAUCUUCAAGGUUUAACUACCGACACCAUAACUGAUAGUAUUAAAGAGGCAGUCAUGAGUGAUGUUAAAAGACACUUUAGACCAGAAUUUCUAAAUCGUCUGGAUGACAUAAUCAUUUUUACACCCCUAGGACACAAACAUAUCAAAAAAAUCGUUGAAGUUCAAUUGAACGGGCUUAAUACUCGUUUACAAGAACGACGAAUUAUUUUGGAUAUAGAUAAUAACGCUAAAGAAUGGCUAGCAGCAAAUGGUUAUGAUCUUUUUUAUGGUGCUCGUCCAUUGAAUCGACUGAUUAAGCACAAAAUUUUGAAUCCUUUAAGCAGACUCUUAAUAGAUGGCGGUGUUCGAAACGGUGAAACAGCUUAUGUAACAACUACAGACGAUGGUACGGACAUUAUGUUGAAAAGAAAUCAUGGUGUAGGCAAUUAUGAUAAUGAAAUAGAAAUGGUUAUUGACCAAAAUGAUGAAGAUGACAAUCGUCUUGAAUUAGAUUAA